UUUGAUUGUCUGACACACUCACUGUUUUUAAAAACGAUAAAAAGGAAUUUAAGUUGAAAGACGUUAUUGUUACUCCAUUUAUAAUGAAGCACAAAAUUCGUUUCCCCCAAAACGCGAGCAUCUGUUUCACCAUUUAAAUCUCAGAAAUUCUUCAUAAAGAGUCCACUUCGCAGAAACCCCAAUUCAUCUCCAAUGUAUAAAAGCAAGUUGCAGGAGCUAUGCCAGCGGCGGAGCUGGGAGUUGCCGGAGUACGCCACCGCGAAAGACGGGCCCGAUCAUAUGCCGCGCUUCAGCGCUACCGUCACUGUCCACGGCCAGGUAUUCGAGACACCAGCCCACUGCAAGUCCUCUAAGGAGGCACAAAACACCGCCGCCCGUGUUGCUUUCGAUUCCUUGACCGCUCCUUCGCCGGUUACCUCCUCUGAUCCCUCUCCUCCCCUCGCCGGAUUCACUGACGCUCCGUUGCCUGUAGCUCCACCACCUCAAAUUCAGCCCCUUUCCGUCGCUGCUGAUCCUCCUCCGCUGCUGCCUCUCUCUCCUCUCCCUUCGUCUCUUCCGAACCCUCCUCUAGGACUUUUGGCAACAAAAUCUAAUGCUACUACAAAACCUUCCAAGGAGGAGCUACUGCAAGAGAAUUGUGAUAAUACAUCACAAUGUCCUGUAGAUUAUAAGAUUGCAGUAGGUUCCGAAUGUAAAGAUAUAUUGCAUAUGUACAAGAAUCUAUUGCAGCAACAUGCUCAAAAAGAAAAUCUUGGAUUCCCUGUAUACACUUCUGAGGCUGAAGGACCUCCUCAUUCUCGGCGGUUUAAGUCAAAGGUUUCCAUUAAUGGAAAAUUAUAUGAAACGCCAGAAUUUUUCUCCACGCUGAAGGAAGCCGAACAAACGGCUGCAAAAAUUGCUUGUCAAGCAUUAUCAGUGGAUGUAAUUCAAGAGGAUAAGGGCUUAUAUAAAAAUCUUCUACAAGAAUUAGCCCAGAAAAAAGGACUAAUGUGCCCAUCAUAUGAGACAGUCAGUUCGGGGUUCUCUCACAAGCCUAUAUUUGUGUCUACUGUGGAGAUAGGAUCUGACAGUUUUCAAGGGUGUGAGGCUAAAACCAGAAAGCAGGCAGAGAUGAAAGCAGCUGAAGCUGCUUACUAUGCUCUUACGAAAGGAGUCCCACCCACGAAUUCGAUGAAUGUGUCUCCUAUGAACACACAUCCGUUUGCUGAUAACUUGUCACAAAAUAUCCAGCCCACUGCAACAACUGAAAAGCAGCAGAACAUCCAGGCCACAGCAACAACUGAAAAGCAUCAAGUUGCAACAGAUGAAGAUGGUCCGCUAAAUGCAAAAAGAGCCAAGUCUUCGCCUGAAGAUGUGGAUGUGACUGUGAAUGCUCAUCUUCACAGUAACCCUCCAUCUCAUGAUACAACAUCUGCUGAGCCUGUCCCUGAGCCGACAGCUGAUAACCAGCCGAGGUGGAAGACUGUGGUUUUUCCGCGCAAAUCAAACUGGCCAAUACCUCAAAAUGCCUCUGUGAUGCCAUAUAGCGAUGACCAAUGGGUUGCUUACAGAGUCGAACUAGACCAAAAACCAACUGCAGAAAUAGGUAGUGCUAACUUGGUUUAGGUGAUGCAAGCUUUUGAUUCUGCAAUAGAAGACCACUUAGUUGUAUGGAAUGAUCACUGUUUGGCUAAACGACACUUUGAACUAACAAUCGCUAGUUGGCGAAGAAUAUGCAUGUGCAUCAACUUGUUCUUACUCCCA